AUGGAGUCUCAAGUCCGUCAGAACUAUCACGCCGAAUGCGAGGGCGCCAUCAACCGCAUGAUCAACAUGGAGCUGUACGCCUCCUACACCUACACCUCUAUGGCUUUCUACUUUGACCGUGAUGAUGUGGCCCUGCCUGGGUUUGCUCAUUUCUUCAAGGAGUCUUCUCAUGAGGAGAGGGAGCAUGCAGAGAAGCUUCUGUCCUUCCAGAACAAGAGAGGGGGACGCAUCUUUCUCAAAGACUUGGAGAAACCUGAGCGUGACGACUGGGGCAGUGGCCUCGAGGCAAUGCAGUGCGCUUUGGUCUUGGAGAAGAAGGUGAACCAGGCCUUGCUUGAUCUUCACACACUGGCGUCUAGCCAUAAUGACCCUCAUCUGUGUGACUUUUUGGAGAGUCACUACCUGAAUGAGCAGGUGGAGAGCAUCAAGAAGAUCGGUGACUAUGUCUCCAACCUGACCCGCAUGGAUGCCAAGAACAACAAGAUGGCUGAAUACCUGUUUGACAAGCACAGCAUGGGCGGAGGCAAGAGCUAA